UGCAAUUGAGAUUCCCGCAUAAAUACUCUCAUUGUGUAAAAUCCCAACGUUUGAUUCCCGCCGUAUGUAGCCUCUGAAAGACCUCUCCAUCUUCCUCUGUAUACAUUUCUCUGCAGCCAAAAUGCAAAUGCAAACCACUAUGCUUCCCCUUCCUCCUCAAAAUCCAAAUACCAACCCUAAAUAUCCCUCCCAAUUCGAGCCAGACACCCGAAGAAUCAAGCAAAAACUCGUCCGUAAAGGCGUUUUUCCUACCCCCAAAAUAGUUCACGCUCUUCGUAAAAAGGAGAUUCAGAAGGCCAACCGCAAAGCAAAUCGCCUUACCCAAGCCCUAGAAAAGAAGCGAGAUGAAGAAGGGGGGGAGAAGCCUCUCUCGGAGUUGGAGAGACAAGCCAUGGAUGCAGCUCUGCGGGUUAGAGCUGCUAGGGAAGAAUAUCGGUCCAUAAUGAGGGAGUUCAAUGGUGGAUUUGCAGGUAGGCCAUGGGUGAGGGGGUUUGAUGUAAAAGGGCUUGCUAGGGUUAGUGAAGAGUAUAAAGGGAAGAAGCUUAGGGUCGAGUAUUUGGAGGAAUUUCGGGAGAUGCUUUCAGCGGGGAAUUCAGAGGAAUUGUUAGGUUUUGUUGGGGGAGAAGAUGCAGAGGAGGAAGGGGGUUUGGUUAAAGGAGGGAGGAAGGGUUUGAGGUAUGGGAGGCGUGAAGGGGAUGAGAGCCGGGUCAGAAUGCUUGUUCACAGGCUGAAUGUUUUGAACCUUAGCAAACGGAAUUGGAAGUUUUCAAGGUUAAUGAGUAAUACAAACAUAGUUUUCACUGAAGACAAUCUACUUAAAAUCAUUGAAGGACUUGGAGCUGUUGGCAAUUGGAUGCAGGCCUUGUUUGUUGUUGAAUGGGUCUACAAAACUGAUCAUUAUAAGCAUCAUAAAAGCAGGUUUGUAUAUACAAAACUCUUGGCUGUACUAGGAAAGGCAAGGAGGCCUAGUGAAGCUCUAGACAUUUUCAAUGAAAUGCGUGAAGAUUAUUUCCUUUACCCUGAUAUGGCUGCAUACCAUAGUAUUGCUGUAACGCUUGGGCAAGCUGGUCAGGUCAAGGAGUUGUUAAAAGUUAUUGACUAUAUGAGACAGAGGCCUUCAAAAAAAGCAUUGAAUGUCCAGCGCAAAAGCUGGAAUCCAUGUUUAGAACCAGAUGUGGUCAUAUACAAUGCAGUGCUGAAUGCUUGUGUCCCAUGCGGAGAUUGGAAAGGAGUAUUCUGGGUGCUGGGACAAAUGAGGCAUAGUGGGUUAAAGCCUUCUGGAGCAACUUAUGGGCUUGCUAUGGAGGUGAUGUUGAAAUCAGGUAAAUAUGAUCUGGUUCACAAGUUCUUUGGAACUAUGAGAAGAGGUGGUCUAGCUCCGAAAGCUCUCACAUACAAGGUUCUUGUCAGUUGCUUAUGGGCAGAGGGCAAAGUUAAUGAGGCUGUUGAAGCUGUUGAAGACAUGGAGCGACGAGGAGUAGUUGGAACUGCCAGUGUUUACUAUGAAUUAGCAUGUUGCCUUUGCAACAAUGGGAGGUGGAAAGAGGCAAUGACUCAGAUUGAGAAACUGAAGAGUCUUCCUCUUAGUAGACCAUUGGAGGUGGCAUUUACUGGCAUGAUUCAGUCUUGCAUGGACGGUGGAUAUGUGCGUGAUGGCAUAUCUAUUUUUGAAAACAUGCAGGAGUAUUGCACUCUUAACAUAGGAACUAUAAAUGUUAUGCUGAAGCUAUACGGGUGUAAUGAUAUGUUCACCAAAGCUAAAGAAUUGUUUGAAGGGAUAAAGAUGCCUGAAGCCAGAUAUGAUAUGAAUCUUGAUUGUCAUGGUGUUAAUUCUCCUGAUGCAUACACUUACAGUCUAAUGCUAGAGGCCUCUGCUAUUUCACUCCAGUGGGAAUACUUUGAACAUGUGUACAAGGAAAUGGCUCUUUCUGGCUUUCAAUUAGAUCAAAACAAACAUGCUUGGCUACUUGUUGAAGCAUCCAGGGCUGGAAUGAUGCAUUUGUUGGAACAUGCAUUUGAUUCUGCUUUGGAAGCAGGUGAAUUACCCCAUUGGUCCAUCUUCACCGAAAUGAUAUGUCAAACUUUAAUUUGCCAUGACUUCAAAAGGGCCAUUACUCUGGUUAAUAGCAUGGCCCAUGUUUCACUGCAAGUUAGUGAGAAGCAAUGGACCAAUCUUUUCAAAAGAAACAGUGAUAAAAUCAGUAUUGAAGAACUCCAGAAGCUACGGCAGUGUCUCAAUGACAAGGGUUUGAUGUCUGAACCCAUUGUCACAAACUUAUCAAAAUCCUUGUGUUAUUUGUGUGGAUCGAACAUUCCGACAGAAUAUGCUUUAUGUGAUGUUACAACUAAGUUGUCUACCUUCAGUGAAGAGGAUAGAGAUGUAAGCUUUAAUGGAGAUGAAUGCUUUUCCCUCGAGGAAAAUGUGGAGGAUAUAUUUGAUCCUUUACCUGAAUUAUCACGCUUUAGGAUAGAUGAAAGUGGGCUUGAUGAUUAUGGAAGUUUUGAGCAUGCUUUUGAAGGUUCUGAGUUGCCCUCAGCAUCUGAGAUACUAGAGCGAUGGAAGGAGGGAGAAAUGAAAGAUGCCAAUUGUACUCAAUCCAUGCUGUAAAUUAUGCGUGUUUAUUGGUUUGAAACGAACAACUUGGGUUGCAUUAUUAGUCCUCCUUUUUAAUUGUAUAGUCUCUUCUUUGAAAGGUAGUAAGAAUCAAAUGAGGUUUAUAAUUA